AUGAUCUUUGUGCAGAUCCACUUUGGCUGGGGAAAAUCAAAGUCGCUGGUCGCCGAUGAGGAUUGGGACUCGCUCGAGAAGGCUGUUUACAGUGCAGAUAUCCUCUACAUUGCAGUAUUAUCCUCAUCAAAGGCGUCAACGGCUCUAUUUUACCGGACUAUUACUCUACGUAGUUCGCAAUGGAUGAGCUAUGCUCUUCUCGCAGUUACUCUACUAUGUGCCCCUGUUACGAUAGUUCUACUGUCAGUCCGCUGUGGUCGGCAUCCAUGGCAUGAUAUUAACAAACAAUGCUCCGUUUUGUUCCCUCACUGGCAGGGUGUCACAGCAUUGGAUAUCAUUUUCGAAUCUAUGCUAUUACUCUACCCUAUCCGGGAAAUCAUGCGACUUCAGACGACAAUAAGCAACAAAGUCAUUGUAAUUCUGGUCCUUAGCUGUCGGUUUUUUCUCAUACCAAUCUCCGCGAUCCACCUCCAUUACAUCAGUCAACAGGUCAAUUCGCCAGAUCCAACACUCGAAGGAAGCUUUGCUACCGUUGUGGCGGAAAUCCACGUGGCACUCAACGUUCUUGUACUGACGGCACCAUUAAUGAAACCAUUCAUCGCGGCCUACGUUGACGAGAACGGGCUCGCCUAUACCGACGUGUCCAAUUCACGGACCAAUCAUAAAGGCACACCACACUCGGACCGAUCUAAUGAAACAUAUCCAGGGUCGCGGAUGAGUAAUCCUCCGGCGAAACCCGGAAUUUUGAAGAGUAUUCAAAUAUCGGUGGAUCGUGACGAUGUGGAGCUUUUGGAGAGAUGA